AUCAACUAUUUUGAAAGUAUCUGCCCGCGGAGAUGGCGCAGAUGAAGCUAUCGGAAGCCUCGAACGAGGGCCGACGGAUGUUUCUUCCCAUAAACGAACUGAGCUGAAGUCGAAUCGAAUCAGCCUCUUCAAGUCGAAAUCUCAUUGAUAGCAGUAUGAAGUGGCCCUCUUUCAAAUUUGGCCGCUUUGUGCCGCCACACGGCUAUUUCUCGUUCUCUGAACGGGCCAAAGGCUUCCUUCCUUGCGGAUCGCGAGUUGUCGAAAGCCUACAAGAAAAUGGUGACAUUUGACGAGGAUGGAAAUCCAUUGUGUGUCCCAUUGUUGUUAGCGAAUCAUGAUGAGGAGGUCCAUGCAUAUGGCAUUGAAGGUUUCAACCUUCACUUCGGGGAUGUUGCAUCCCUUAUUGCCAGCCAACCCUGGCCAAGGGAAGAGUCGAUUGGCUAAAACUAUUUACAAAGUCAUGCGCGGCAACAAAAAUCCAUACUUCAAGACAUCAGAUUCGGCUGUAUCGUUUACGAAAGGGGUCUGGCGCCUCUCCGACGAACACAAAUUGAAGGAACUGAGCAAGGAUGCCAUUGACAUCCUCGAUGUUGAGGGAUUGCAGAAGGAAAACUCGGUUUACUACCUGCUGAUAUGUGUUAUUGUGUUGUCAAAGACCAUUGUCCUUCUAUCGCGGGAGCGAGUCAACAAGGAGGCCCUGGGAGUACUAGAAAUUGCUUUCAAGAUACUGGACGGACUUGGUAUUGUUCUCAAGAGGCCUGUCAUCUUCAUUCAGGCAAAGAUGAACAAGAAAGGUCGUCUGUUGGAUGGAGAUGGCAAGCCUACGACUGAGGACGCGAUUAUCGAUGAAAUCGCUAAAGAGAUCCCAGUAGUCAAAAAGUUCAAGGUUGAGUUCUUUUGUCUCACGGAAAUCCCAAGGAAAGAUGUGUUGGAGAGGGCGGGGUUGAACCAUGUUAUGGCCCAAUCAGUAGUAGAGAACGCAACUGGGUUGUAUGAGGAAGAUGUCAAGAAGCUGCUGGAGCGUUUGUUUGCCGUCAAGGACCCGCUGCCCUCAGAACAACGCAUGCACUACCUUAUCAUGGUCCUCGAACAUCUGAACAUGAAGAAUCCCGACUUGGUGCUUGAACAGAACCUGGAGUUCUUUGAGAGAGACGCGGAACGUUGGCUGGCUACCAGGGUCUGUCUGGAACGGGAACAGCUUGUGCAGAAGCACCUCAAUAAACCAUUGGGAGGCGCCACAACACUUGCAGAGUUCUCUGAGCCACCAGAGGAGAACCUACAAGACCAGUUCGAUAACUAUUGCGCGUCCGAAAGUCCCUUCCUCGGGAAAUCCAAGGAUGCACACGCAUUCAAACAAGUGGCAGAUAAGGUGUUCAACCGUAGUCACUAUGCAACAGGAGUGCUCAAAGCUCAGGAUCCAAACACGGGAGAAGUCAUUGGCAUCAUGAGCUACGUGCAACCCAGCUUUGAAGCCAAGCAAAAGACAGAUGAGGCCAUCCUACUCGAUGUCUAUACACUUCUCAAAGCUCCAUAAUAUGAUGCUUUCCUCUCUGAGCUUCCCACGGUGCCUCCAAGAGAUAUCGUCCGUGCCAUCCAGCAGAGACACUCCAGAGUGGCAGGAAUCGAAGACAUUAUCUCUGAUCGCUGGAAGCAAGUGCGCAUGGAGGCGAAGAAUCGGAAGGACAGUUUGCUCUCGCAGUCCAAAUGGUUAAAGUGAAGGUUGAAGGCAACUUACAAUGUAGCUCCUGUGGACUCCAGCACAACGAUGGAGUAACUCACAAAGAGUGCGACAAUCCUCGGUGGUACCGGUAGUCAACGAAGCUCUUUCGGUGUGCUUGCUGGAAUCGAAAUAGAUUCGAUUGUCGUCAGGUUGUUGAGGUAUAUUUCUGAGAAAGUGUACCAGCAGCUCUACCAGCUACAAACUCGAAGAAAAAAAAUACAUCUUUUUCUAAAAACAAAUAAUACCGUCUCCCAAGUUCUUCGAAUUGAAGCACCGGCGAAACCCGCACCUGUGGGCUCACGUUUCACGUGCUAGCUAGUUAGAGAGCCACCAAACUUCAGCUCCUCUGAGUACGGGGGUCAGAUAGGGAAGUUAGCUACGGCAGGUCUGAGUGAGAGGGGGU